UCAACACCGUAAUCCAGAGUUCCCAGCAGAGAAACACCCAUCAAAACCGUUUUCUUUUCUUCGUUUCCUAUUUUCCCGGCUCUCCCUUCCCUCCAACAUUUCACUCUCACUCUCAGUCGCAGAUUCCCUUCUCCCUCCCUUAUCUCCUCCCUCUGCCACCGUCCCCACCAAAAAAAUCUCCUCCCUCCGCAAUUUCCCAUCGGGCGAGCAAUCGAGCUCCGUGACUACCCUCCUCAAUCCUCCCAAUCCGAAUUUCCCGAAUUCCAAUGGCAGCCGCCGUUGCAUCAGCUCCCUUCAGCAACACGUACUACUACAUUCCUCCACUCGCCUCCCUUUCUAGGGUUUCCAUUUCCCUCCACCCCGCCUCCCGCCGCCGCCAACAACAACGACACCAGUUCUUCCGCCGCUCCUCCUCCUCCUCCAUCCCGUUCUCUCGUGGCCGCAGCUGCUGCCUCGCGUCCAGCCCCGAGGUCUUGGUCGCCGCUGCCGCCAAUUCAGCUCUCGGACGUGGAGUUGCGAACAAGAGAGGUGGAGGAGACGGUGAGGAGAAGGAGGAGUGUGGUGAUUUGAAGUCGUGGAUGCAUCAGAACGGUCUCCCUCCUUGCAAAGUCGUUCUUAGAGAUAGGCCGUCCCUCGACGAGAUGCUUUGCUCCAUUCAUUACGUCGCCGCUAGCGAAGAUCUUCAGGCUGGGAAUGUGGCGUUUUCCGUCCCGAAUUCUCUCGUUGUGACGCUCGAUAGGGUAUUAGGAAAUGAGACAGUAGCGGAAUUGUUGACGACGAACAAGUUAUCGGAGUUGGCAUGCUUGGCAUUGUAUUUGAUGUACGAGAAGAAGCAGGGGAAGAAGUCGUUCUGGUAUCCGUACAUACGAGAGCUUGAUCGUCAGCGUGGUAGAGGUCAGCUUGCUGUGGAAUCUCCGCUGCUGUGGUCGGAUGAUGAAUUGGCUUAUCUGACAGGCAGCCCUACUCAGGCUGAAAUUAUUGAAAGGGCAGAUGGGAUCAGAAGAGAAUAUGAUGAGCUUGACACUGUGUGGUUCAUGGCUGGUUCUUUGUUUCAGCAAUACCCUUUUGAUAUUCCAACAGAAGCGUUUUCCUUUGAGAUUUUCAAACAAGCUUUCGUUGCUGUUCAGUCAUGUGUGGUGCAUUUGCAGCAAGUCAGCUUAGCUCGUCGAUUUGCUUUGGUUCCUCUGGGGCCUCCCUUGCUAUCUUACAGAAGCAGUUGUAAGGCAAUGCUAAGUGCUGUAGAAGGUGCUGUUGAACUGGUAGUUGAUCGCCCAUACAAGGCCGGGGAACCCAUUGCUGUCUGGUGUGGACCGCAACCCAAUUCAAGAUUGCUUAUAAACUAUGGUUUUGUUGACGAGGAUAAUCCUUAUGAUCGCCUCAUGAUCAAGGCUGCAUUAAACACUGAGGACCCUCAGUAUCAGGAGAAAAGAUUGGUUGCUCAAAAAAAUGGCAAACUCUCCAUGCAGGAUUUUCUGGUUCAAGUGGGGAAGGAAAAGGAAGCUGUCUCAGAUAUGCUUCCUUAUCUACGAUUAGGCUACGUGUCAGAUACUUCUGAACUGGAAUCCGUCAUGUCUUCUCAGGGUCCAGUUUGUCCAGUUAGCCCCUGCUUGGAGCGGGCAGUAUUGGAUCAGCUUGCUGAGUACUUCAACAAGCGCCUGACUUUGUACCCAACUAGCUUAAGCGAAGACGAAUUGAUGUUGGCGGAUGAUAAGUUGAACCCAAAGAAGAGAGUUGCCACUCAGCUUGUGCGGUUGGAAAAGAAAAUACUUCAUGCUUGUCUGGAGGCAACUCGUGAUCUGAUAGCACAGCUACCUGAUCUCACAAUCUCACCAUGUCCAGCUCCUUAUGCUCCUUCGUUGAAAUGA